CAUCAUCAGUAUUGUGAGGAGAAGGUUCGUGCAUGGAAAGAGGAAAUCGAACGUCUCUCUGAAAUAGCGAAGAGCCAGCCCCAUGCGGCGUAUAUUGCUUUCACAAAAGGCUACAAGUCGAAGUUCACCUACUUCAUGCGCACGAUUGAAUCGUUUGAAGUUUAUGUCGAUCCAAUCCUGGAAGUGAUUGAAGAUUUACUACUCCCAACUUUGUUCGGUCAAUCAGAGCCUCUCCCUAACGAGGUGCGCAGACUUGCUACCCUAGCAACAGGUCAAGGGGGUCUAGGCAUUCCUGAUCUGAAAUCCGAGGCACCGCAGCAGUUUGCUGCCUCGAGACUAAUAACCACCACGCACGUAGAUUCUAUUACUUCACAGAGUUCCAUCAUGGUGUCAGGAGAAAGAUCUACGGAGGAGCUAAAGAGGCAUCACCAAUCACUAAAGAGAGCAAGUGCCAAAGUGAAAAUGGAUAGCAUUGAUUCAAGCCUCUCCCCAGGCCUGCUGCGUCUGGUUAAUCAAUCAAGGGACAAGGGCGCAAGUUCUUGGCUGAAUGCGAUGACUCUCGCAGACAAAGGUUUAGCCCUCAACAAGCAAGAAUUCAGAGACUCGCUACGCUUGCGUUAUGACUUGCCCUUAGUCGAUUUACCAAGUCAUUGCAUAUGUGGGGAUAAAUUCACCGUUAGUAACGCCCUCUCUUGUAAAAAGGGGGGGUUUGUAGAGCAGAGACAUGACGGUGUACGGAACUUGUCAACGACAUUCAUCGACAAGAUCUGCAAUAAUGUCGAAAUCGAACCACGCCUCCAGCCCCUGGACAACGAGCGAUUUCAUUUGAGGAGCGCUGUUACAAGUUCUGAGGCAAGAUUUGACAUCAAAGCGGGAGGUUUCUGGGCAAGAGGAGUUACAGCAUUUUUUGAUGUUAGAGUUACGCACGUCACAAGUGUUACCAGAGCAAGCCGCAAGUGUUACCAGAGCAAGCCAACAUCGGAAGUGUUCAAAGAGCAAGAAGAAGAGAAGAAGCGCAAGUACCAGCAGCGGGUGUUAGAUGUAGAAAUGGGUUCGUUUACGCCUUUAGUGUUUGGAACCAAUGGCGGAAUGGGAAAUGAGUGUCAGCGGUUCUUAAAGCAUCUUGCAGACAAGAUAGCUCAGAAAGACACCGAGCCUUAUCAUGUUGUAAUCAAUUGGCUCAGGACACAGAUCUCCUUUGAACUCUUAAGAUCGGUACAUGCAUGCGUGAGAGGUUCGCGAACGCCGUUUCGUAGCAAGAUAGAGCAAUCAUUAGACUGUAAAAUAAAUGUCGCUAGUGCGGAUAUCUGA